ACGAAUUUGACAGACAAAAGUACAAGAUUCUACAUCUGUUUAGCAUCCAAAGCCGCGCAGGAAAUACUUGAUCAACUGCAUUAUUAAACGCCGCCUACUAAGUACGGCGUUGCCUGCGGCUGCGGUAACUGAACCCAGUUUCCAGUUUCCUACAUUUGAAUUUCAAGUAGUAACGCGACGUGUUUUCAUCACGUGGUAGUUUAUACCAUUCAUCACAUACAUAUAUUCAUCGAUCUACGGACACAAACGGUGUGUCAGUGAGGGACAGUAAGCGUGUGUGUGUGACAUUAGUAUGCCAAUAUACCAAAAUAUAGUAAUUCCUCCGUGGCUCAUGCAAUGUGUUUGGAUCAUAGAAGUGACCUAGAGCUUAUUUGUUACAAGCUCCAUGGUUUGGAUGACCGUUUGAAUACUCACAGCCUCAAGGUCAACCUCGAGUCGAGAGCUAAUAACAUUCCUUAGCAGUUCAGUAUCUAGCAGUGUGCCUGGACUUGUCGCUUUGCCAAAAGGCUGGAUUCGGUUUGAUUCGGUUGUGCGAUUGUGAAGUUUUUGUGAAUCGACGUGACAUAUGUAAUUACAAUUGCGAGUACGGAAUUGGACGAUUUACUGACAUUGAGUAUUAGCGCCGAAUAAUACGUCUGCUCCCAGAAAUUUUGAAUGAGGACAACAGCGUUUUAUAAAAGCUUUGAUACCAUCGUAUGAUAGAGUACUAUUAUUUUCGCGCUUCCAUAAACUUAAAAUAUUCCAUAAAAGCGAUUCUGAAGAAAUUUUUUCUCUGAUAAAGCUAGUAGUCUCUUGAUUAAUGCGCAGGUUAAUAUCUAUGAAUUCGAAUAAAUUUUCAAUGUCACAGUCAAAUUCAUUUAACACUCACAGUUGACAAACACAAAUUGUAUAAUCAAUCGCGUACGUUGAUACUCCAAAAUUUGUUGUAACGAAAAUGGUAAAAUUAACAAUUCGGAAUUGCGUAGCAUUAACGAUUGAACUCUUAAUAAUAAAUGUAUAAUUACAUCUAUGAUGCAUUGCGACAACUUUCACUUUUUCCUUGCAAUCAGAGAUGAUUAGAGCCAAUCAGAAGAUGUUUGCCAAAGGUUGCAGAAAGAAAGUCUUUAGAAAUGAUGAAAAAACUGUGAAGAUUAUCAAGGAUGCUUUUUUUAUGCUCAAUAUUAUUUACCUAAGACAAGCAGCGUCUCUGGUAGAUCUGCGGGAUGUCUCAAAUGCUGUUCAAAUUAAUGCAACAAAAGGCAGCAAGCUCAAAGCACACCCAACUUGCACAUGGAGAAUAUUCUCCGGAAUACUUUUAAUGACAUUAACAUAUGCUUUGUUCUUACAAACUUCCGGAAUCAAUUUUUUAAUUAAAUAUGCUAUGGGUACACGUUGCCUGAUUCCAAAUAAUUAUUUUGUUUGGGAAAUCACACGACCAGUGUCUAACUGCAAAUUUUGUCAGGGGGUCAACUCUGCGCUGAUACUUUCCAACUUGACAAGAGAUCAGUUCAAAUUUUAUGCAUAUUCUUCUAGACCAAUGAUAGUAAAAAAUGCAACGAAUCAUUGGCCAGCAAAGAAAGUCUUCAGCUUAUUCUUCUUUAGAAACCUGUAUGAAAGCAUCGAAGGUGCUUACGAGAGUGUUCAGGAGGAAUGCCAAUUCCUUCAUUUUAGAAGUGAUCUUGCUAGUCUCAAGGAGGUUCUCUCCAUGACUGAUCGCAGAGCCCUGAAUUUAGCUGGUGAAAAGUCUUGGUACGUUGGGUGGAAGAACUGCCAUCCUCAGGUUUUGGAUGUUAUGAGAGAAUUUUAUCAGACGCCGCAUUUUCUACCUGAAGACGCCGAAAGCCCCUACACUAAUUACGUUUUUCUUGGCUAUGAACAAGGCGCUGUCAUGCAUUUGGAUUAUAUUUCACGUUUGAUGUGGCAAGGCCAAAUACUUGGAAGCAAGACCUGGUCAGUUGUACCGACACCGGAGUGUGGAAAUGUUUGUAAUUCAUUUGACUUCUCCGUUGAUGCCGGGGAUGUAAUUCUAUUGGACACUAGAGUUUGGUACCACGCCACUAAUGUUAAGGACAAUCAGUUUAGUCUUACUAUAACGUCCGAAUAUGGAUAGGCAUCGAAUUUUGUUUAAUAUUCAUUUGACAUCGAUUAUGAUUAUGAAAAAAUGUUUAAUAUUGUUUUAUAGUAAGCCUCGAAUUUAUUCCUGAAAAUUUUAUUUUUGUAUUCGUAGAAAACGACUCUUCUUACGUACGUACAUACAGACUUGGAAUUCUAUUUGGUGAAAAAAUAGUUACGGUUUAUAAAGAUAUGGAUCUUUGAUUGCCCAAAAGUAUUUAAAAUGUAUCUUGCAUAUGAAACAUCAGAUGGCGGACUCUGAAUUACUCAAUAUUAUAGAGUUGAUAUUAUCUGUUUUGUGACAGAAUUAAAAACAAAUCAAACCUACAGGAGCAGGAAUAUAUCAUUGUAGAUUAAAUGAAAACAAGUAAUUAAGCAUGCCACAAAGCAUGCCAUGAAUAAGCCUUCUGUAUAAAUCAAUCAGGUACAAAAUUCGAAUCUAUUUGUCAAACAAUGAAGAUUAAUGUUGUAUUUUGUUGCUAUUUAUCAUUCCAUUAGUAGUAACAUAAUAGUAAUAUAUGCCCAGCAAACGGCAAAACGUAUUAAGUGCCAUACUAGUUGGCAUGUUCUAUCGCAAUAAUGAAUUAAUUAUUAACGUUGAGUGAGAGAAUGAUGGAACAUUCUACAAACAGAACUCGUGUUACAGAGAUUAUUAAUAUAUCCCGUCACGAUAACUCAUGAUUCACAUGUUGUAAAAUUAUUUUACAAUAGCAUAUUGUGCACCAUAGUCACGAUGAAAUUCCAUUUUUCAAGCCACUUUAUUAAACAUACAUUAUUUUACUGUAUGUUGAUAAAGUUCGCGUGUUACAGACUCAUAAAUGAGUAUUCAAAACUGUAUGAAGAAAAGUAUUAUAGUUAUAUUUAAUGCGAUUAAUACUCAUUCCGAAUUCCAUGUGAAAUUAUCGAACGUCAUCAGUACUUAUGAAGACUAAUGAGCGUAUAUCUAUUUUUAAAAAUCUCGAACUUUACAAUUUGAGAUUCGUAUUAUUUAUCAGCGAGUGUGUGAAAAUCAAAAUCUUUGACUUUUGAUUUUACGGAAUAACUGUUGAUACUUGUUUUUCAAUAUUGUAAAUUUAUUGUAUAACAUUUAUAAUACGUAAUAAAAGUUUUGCAUGAAACAAAAAUUACUCAUUAAUAACGACCGUUGUGGUGGGUGCCAUGGCGUGUUAUAAACAAAAGUUACAUCAAUUCUUUAUACAUAAGCUGAAUGCUUUAUUUUAGUAAUUACAUUGCAGUGGGUUAAUGUACAAUAGGAAAAUUCUCUUAAAACAUGUAUAAUAACUCCCUGUCAGACUGGUAAAUAGUUUGCUUCAUGGGAAACUGAUGUUAUCAAUUUUAACAUUUUUUCAUAGGAUCUCGCAGUUGCGAAUCGCCUAUGAAAGAAACAGUAUCCCCACUUUGGUAAUAAACUAUCAUCUACGAAUACCAGCCUGCGAUUAACAGCUGAUUUUUUCCAUGAACUAUGCAAAAAUGAUUAGCCAGUCAUACAAGGUAAUAAGUUGCCAACUAAUUAGUGAAAUUUCAGAUCUUGCUUGAAAAAAAUGACUUGAUUCUGUUGCAGUUACCCUGCAGUCCUCAGAUAUUCAGAAGAAGCAAAGUAUUAUAACAAUUCAGUUUA